AUGCCAUUUGCUUCAUUUGUUGGUGUCAGUCAGCAUAGGAAGUCCAUACUUUUGGGACGUGCUUUUAUAUCUAGUGAGGAUAUAACAAGUUACAAAAUGGUGCUCUCUACAUGGCUUGGGGAUCUAAACAAUGUUCGUCCAUUAGCUAUCAUGACUGACCAAUGUGAUAGUAUUAAGGCUGCCAUCAAUACAUUAAUGCCAAAUACGGUACAUAGAUAUUGUAUAUGGCACAAAUUCGCAAAGUUGCCUACGAAGUUAAGUAGAGUUCUUGAUGGUAAGAUUGCAAAGGCAGAAUAUAAGGCUUUAGUCCUUGAUAACAUUAACGUUGCUGAGUUUGAGAGAAGAUGGACUGAUUAUAUUGUAAAAUAUAACUUAGAUGGAAGGGAUUGGUUUUAUAAGCUUUAUUUGGAGAAGGAAAAAUGGGUUCCUGUAUACCUAAAUGACCACUUUUGGGCUGGGAUGUUGUCCACGCAAAGAAGUAAAGGAAUGCAUGCUUUCUUUGAUGGAAUCAUUACCCGCCAAAGCACUUUGAAGCUAUUUGUUCAGCAAUAUGAGUUAGCCAUAAGAGCUAAGUUCGAGAAAGAAUUGGAAGCUGAAUAUAGGUCAAGGUGCUUUAAACCAAAAUGUUUAUCUGAAGUCGCAUCGGAGGAAAAACUUCAAGCAUGUUAUACUCGUGAAGUGUUUGAAUAUUUUCAAGUACAGUUCAAGGAAACUGUACCAUUGUGA